AUGAUGAAGGAUUUCCCAUCUUGUUUUGGUGAAAAUGGAGUUCAAGUUGCAGAUUCAUCACCAUCAACCACAAACAGAGCUCAGAAUCUUGUUGCCUGCAUCUACCAAUACCACUCUCAGUCCUUCUCUGGCUUCAUCACAGUCACAUGGAUCAAGAAUAUCAUGGCCCAGGCAUUGAGCAUCGCGGUCGAGAACUCAGCCAACGACAGCCUAGGCAAAGUGGACAUAAGGCCAUGGCUCUUCUCAAAGAGAAAAGGGUUCAAGAAAAUGGUGGUGGACUCAACACAAGUAGACAUCUAUUGGGACUUAUCCUCUGCCAAAUUUGGGUCAAGCCCGGAACCCUUAGAGGGAUUCUAUCUAGCCAUAGCCCUAAAUCAAGAACUAUGCCUUCUUCUUGGAGAUUUGCAGACUGAAGCCUACAAGAAGAUUGAUCCAUCACCAUUUGCCUCAAAGGCAACUUUUCUUGCUAGGAAAGAGCACAUUUUUGGGAAGAGAUUGUACAAUUCCAAGGCGCAGUUUUGUGGGAAGGGGCGUGUGCAUGAUAUAAGGAUUGAGUUUGAUCCAAAUGAGAGCUUUGGGAAAUGUUUGACUAUGUUUGUGGAUAGGAAGGCUGUGUUACAAGUGACUCACCUUCAAUGGAAGUUUAGGGGCAACCAAACGAUCUUUGUGGAUGGAGUUUGUGUUGAGGUGUAUUGGGAUGUUCAUGGCUGGCUCUUUGAUAGCGAGGCGGGUAGCGCCAUCUUCUUGUUUAGGACGCAGGUGUCGGGGGCGAAGGCCGGGGGUGGGCGGCCGCCAUUGGAGCCCUCAGCCUUGGGAUUGAAGGAUUGGCAAAGAUGGAAAGAUACACCUUCACAUAGUCAUGGUUUUUCACUUGUGUUGUGUGCUUGGAAGAGUGAAUAG